AUGGAGGAAUAUACAUUACAUUACCAGUGGGUAUGUGAAGCUGACUGGCAGCUUCAGAGAUCAUAUCGUAGUGAUAAUUUUGGCCCAUGUGGAAAAGAAUGGUUUUUAAGUUACACCUCGAAAGACGGCACAUGCAGUGUAGAACUUCACCGAGAAGAUAUAUCUAAAUCUGUUCAAAUAAAAGGCUUUCUACAAAUAAGAUCAAAACGCUCUCGAUAUAUGCAGGAAGCGCUUAAUGUGAACUUUACAGUGAACGCUGGUGUAAUCAGAACUACAAUUGCAAAGGUAGACCGCGUCACAGCAAUUAUGUAUGGCAUAAUAAAUGUAACAUGUGCUGUAUUUAUAACAAAUAUCAUCGAAUUUGAAGAAAAAUCACUUCAAAGUGAUGCUGAAUAUACAUGGCAUACCAAUGUACAAAAAUUACCAAAACUGGAUGACACAAAGGAAUUAUCGUCAACGCUAAGCAUUAAGUCUCUAUCCAACCUUUCACGUGAUAUGCAAGUAAUGUAUGACAGGCAUGACUUCUCGGACUUCGUGCUUGUACGCAAUAAUUCGGAAUUCCAUGCUCACAGAUGCGUGCUUUCCGCCAGAUCUCCGGUUUUUGCCCGAAUGUUUCAGUGUGCCAUGUCGGAAAUCACUGACAAUAGAAUGCUUAUUGCAGACAUAGAUGCUGACAUCUUGGAGAAACUGCUGCUGUUCAUGUACAGCGGUCAAGCAAACCCGUCAUCUUAUUCGCAGGCUCGUGACCUUUACUAUGCAGCUGACAAAUACGCCGUACAUGAUCUUAAACAUAUCUGUGGUGAAUUCAUUCCUUCAUUCCUGUCGAGUUCCACAGCUCUUGAGACUUUAAUAUUAUCAGAUAGAUAUCAAGAUGAUGACCUAAUGAAUAAAGCAAUUACAUUCAUUGCCUCUGUGUUUGAAGAAAUCAAAUCUACUGAAGCGUGGAAUAUCUUUCUCAAGGAAAAUUCGGCUUUGGGAACAAAGGUACUGUCUUUUGUGGUAGAACAAUUGUAUAAGAAACUUGACGCCGCUUAA